AUGAAACCCUUCCAAACCCUUGCAAGCACACCUACACUCGCAAUAGUCUCCAGCUCUACUCCUCCCACCUCGCCGACUACACCACCGACCUCACACCCUAUCUCUCACUCCCUCCCUCCACCCACACCGACCACAACGUCAUCGAAGCCCUCCAAACCUGGAGCUCAAAUCCCGACCCGCGCAGGCUUUGGUACCAGCGGCAUCACCACCACAGUUCUUGCCAGGGCCCUGCGCUUUAAGGUCCCGGUGCUCGCCUUCUCCAGCUCCUCCCGCUUGGAAGAAGACGACAUCAACCGCGCCGCCGACAGUCACUACUGGGAUGCCGACGCGCAGAGCACGCUGGUCAACCUCGCCUACAGCUUGAUCCGGCGCGCUGCUGCCGCGCACGCUACAUUCAUCCCGGAAGAAGCUGUCACGAGCCGCGUUCCGCGCGCUGGACGGCUCGCUCGAGUUGUGGGACUCGGCGCUUGA